AGUGUAGGUGGGGAUGCGGCCGGGUUAGGGAAGCCGAUCGAGGGAGAGCGAAAGACAGAGAUUGUAGACACCAUAAGGAUAGAGGGACUGGGUGAUAGCACCCAUAUCUAAGAUUCAAUAUUUGUUCUUUUUAUCCACAAACGAUAUAUGCAUUGUGUAAUGAAGUUUCGACGUGCACGCACACAACAGUCCACUUCGUGAGAUCACAGCGGGUCGUGCUUGACUGUAUGCGGCGGGGAAUAUAUACCCGGUGACAUUCCAUUAUAAAUCGAUCCAAAAUAUAUUGUUGAGCGCUGCAUGUCAAAACGCUCCUAAACAUGGCGAGUUUAACUUCAGAACAGCAGGCCCGUGUUAUGAUGUGGUGUACGCCCAGGUCAAUAUCAUCCGUAUUUUGCAAGUGCUUGAGCUUCGUUCCCGACAUCGACGUCUUCUUCGACACCUACUAUUUUGCUUACGAGGCCGAGAUCGACCUGGGUACCAUAGGCAAGGUAGUCGAUCAUGACGCUGGGAACAUCGACGAGGCGGACUGGGUUAAGGCGGCCGAGAUGAUCUGCGAGGAAAAAUGCGAUAACCGAGUCAAGCUAGACAUGCUCAAGUACCCAGUGAUCAAAUCAAUGCUCGAUAACCCGGAUCCAAACAAAAAGGCCAUCUUUUAUAAGGGCGUGUCGCAGUCCAUGGAUAGUAAGCACUACCGGUUCCUUCCAGAUAAAUCCAGCAACUACAAGCACUCCUUCUUUCUGCGUCACCCAGCCAAGGUCUUCAGCUCCUGGAAGAAGGUCAUCCACUCCAUUCUGAGAGAUGUAGGCGACGGAACCGGGAAGAAGCUCACUAAAAGUUUGGAAGAUUUCGACAUCAGAUACGAUGUGCCCGAGAAAUAUAAGAUCUCUGGUUUGCUCUACAAAGAGCUUCACGAUCUGUGGGUCUACGUCCUAGACAACCUUGAUCCGGACCCUGUUGUUGUGGAGAGUGACGAUUUACUUGCUGAUCCGGCUGCGGUGCUUUCCAAGUACUGCAAGGCAGUUGGAAUACAGUACAACGAUAGUCUUCUUUCAUGGGAUGCUAACCCGGAUAUCACGGAUAACUGGAAGUGUGCCUUCAUGCCAGUCAAGGAAUUCGAGUUCAUCCGGAUCUUCUGCCACAACGCAUUCCAUACUUCUCACUUUCUGGCUCCACCUCCAGUUCCAUCUUUUGAUGAUCUGCCCAACGACGUCAGGGAGAUAGCAGAAUUGUCUAUGCCGUAUUACAACAAGAUGUACAAAACCAGACUGAUACCUUAACUCAAUAAAAAAAAUUGGCAUUUAUUUUAUUCUCUAUAAGAUACUAAUCAAAUGACUGCCUGGGAUCGAUCACAUGACCAUAUUAAUAAAUGUUGACUGGCUGUAGAAAAGGAAUGAUUUAGAGAAUACACUAGUCACUUUUGAGGGCUAUUUGUGUCAAUAUUGUGAAGGUAUUUUGCUUAAAUCCUGAUAAUUAUAAUGAUGAUUUUUCUUAUUUAAGCAGUGAAGUUCUGUCGACCCACAUUAUCUAUAGGUGAAAAGAAUAGCAACAAGUAGGCCUAUAGUUCUUACUAGAAAGUGGUGCAAAAAAGUUUCUGGGAGCCAACUUAAUAUUCCAGAGACCACCAAACAUAUCAACCAUGAAGUAUUAACUGUAUUCAGUGGAAAACUUGA